AUGGACUCUAAUCGCCACUACGCUGAGUUAUAUACCAAGUAUAAACAGUACUUUAAUAUACUCUACUCUAAGAUUAAUGAGUACAACGUAGAGCUAGAAAACACAUACAAUAUAGACGAGAAGGGCUUUAUAAUAGGGGUCAUUAGCAGGUUAAAAAGAGUAUUUAACAAGCAUAAGAAGGGCUUUACAAUUAGAGCUUGUCAAGAUGGCUCGCGUGAGUGGGUGAGCCUCCUAGCUGCGAUCUGCGCUGAUGGUACUGCUCUUCCACCUAGCAUCAUCUUUGCGUCAAAAAACUCCACCCUCUAG